AUGGAAUAUAGUGAACGUAGCACCUAUAGGACAUUGAAAUAUAUAGAGUUUAUAACGGUUACUACGAAGAGUUCACUUUUAACACAUCAUUUAGCGGCUUUUCUAAAACGAUGUGUUUUUGAUAGGAUUGCUUUCCGAAGACCUGAAAGUGGGACAACAGCUUUUUUAAAAUCCAAAACUCCAUCUGAGUUGGAAUCAUGCAUUGAAGAACUUGCAAAAGCUUUUAAAUUAGAUGUGGAAUUGUACAAUGAUUCCGAGAUUCAGGAUUCACAUGAGUUGACAACACAGGAACAUUUAUUACUACAAGAAGAUGUUGAAAAAAUUGAAGAAGAAAUUGCAAAAUUGGAAAAUGAAUUGAAGCACGAACAGAUGCUUGCUGAAACAAGUAUUUUGAAUGGCCAUAUUUCAGAAGGUGAGGGUGAGCAGGAGGAAGCUAAUGAGGUGAAAGAUGAAGGGGAUAAUUUAAGUGGGAUUUCUGAUUGUGAAGAUGACGACAAACUAAUUGUUCGUGACACAUCAAAUUUCUUGAAUGAUGCAUUAGAUCUCAAUUCAAAAUCUUCAACAUCACUUCAAGAUCAGAACAACAUUGCAUGCAGUUUGAUGAACAGCUCUGAUUGUGACAUGUUCUUAACAACAAAAGUUGAAUCAUAUGAUGGAGUAGAAUCGAUAGCCGAAGAGAGCAUUGUGGCAGAACAAUUUGAUGCAUCUGAAUUUGAUGCACCACAGAAUCACAAUAGUGAGGGGCCUAUUGAAGCCAACAGUGUAUCCAACAGUAGUAACAAUUUUAAUCUGAGUAAUUAUCAGUUUUCUUCAAACAAGGAAAGUUUGAGAGCUGAGAAUUCUAAGAUCUUUCAAGAGAAGUUGGCUUCUCAUAAACAGGAUGCUACCAUUGAUGUCAAUGAGCAUGGAAGUGCUAACCUGAAAGAUGGAAAUAUUAUGAAUGAAGACAAAGAUGAUGGGGAUGACGUGAUUCCUAGCUCUAUUCCAUUUGAUAUCGAUCUCGCUAAAACACAUAAAAGUAGAAACACGAAUGGCGGUCAUAAUGGAAAUAACAAUAAUAUCAGUGACAAUAAUGUUCAUGAUAAUAAUAAUAAUUGUGAUAAUAAUGACAAACUCGUCAAAAUCUGCAUUGAAAAUAAUCACGUAGAUACUGGAAGGAAUGCUAACAUAAGAAAUAUAAUCACUGAACUAACAAAACAGAAUGAAGCAGCAAAACUUGACUAUUUAGAUAAAAUCACAUCAGGCUAUACAAAUAGCAGAAGUGGUUUCAACUUUGAUUCGUAUGCCGCCAACACUUGCCUCCUCACUCAAGAUGAAGAUCUGUUCAUCAGUUGUGCAGCUGCUCUCAAAUCCAUGAUCCCGUCAAAUGAUCACCAUUCCAUCAUCCCAUCAAAUGAUCAACAGUCCAUCAUCCCGUCAAAUGAUCACCAGUCUUUUCUUCGUCAUCAUCAUCAUCCAGCUAUCGGUAGUGAUUCUACUCAUUCUACUAUCCAUGUUCCAAAAAAUUCUCAUGCUGCUACUGAGGAAAAUAAUUGUAAGAUUAUUAACAAUGAGAACAAUCUAGAAGGGAAUGCAAACGUAGUUACCGAAUCCACCAUUGGUGCUUAUAUUUUCUCACAAGAAAAAUUGAAUGUCAGUGGGAAUGAUGGAGUUGAAAUUGCUGGAGAUGGUGUAGAAUAUUUGAGAGAAAAUAAUGCAAUGACUAAUGACCAAAUGGAAGUUGUUGAGAGUGCCGGUUCAGAGUGCAUUGAUGCAGACACAAUGGACGUUGAGGUUCAGUAA